ACAGAAUUUAUCGAUUUUGAUUCAAACUUGAACCCCUGCAAAGAACGGGGAGGCACGCAAGGCAAUUUGUUGCAUGGUGGGGCGAGUGUUAGCUGGAAGAAUAUGGUUACACAAGGGUGGCAUAGUAAACAGUGUUGAUUGCAAUAAAGCCCAUCCCACCUAACACUAACAACUUUCAGCUCCAGCAAGCAUCAUAGAAUCGACGUAAUGGCUUCAGAAUCAAAUGGCGAAUCCAGGAGAAGAAGAGCAGAUUCAUCUGAUUAUUUGAAACACUUUGCGAAGGCCUCCAACCCCAACAACGAUCCUCAGGAUAUUGAAGGCCAGGGUUGGGGUCAAUCCUUUCACUUUUGCCGCUACCCUCGCGGCCGGGAGCCGAUGGCUCAAGCCAUGGCACGUCACGAGCAUUUUAUGGCCAAACGCCUCGAGAUCAAGCCUGGAAUGAAGGUUUUGGAUGUUGGGUGUGGUAUUGGUGGACCUGCUAAGGAAAUCGCUACUUUUACUGACUGCAAGGUCAUUGGAUUGAAUGUUAAUGCUCACCAGAUCGAAGUUGGGAAAGACUUUGCAAAGAAGGAAGGUGUUGGUGAAGAUGUGCUAGAGUUCGUGGAGGCGGACUUCAUGAAACUGCCAUUCCCCGACAAUACUUUCGACGUAGUAUACGUCAUUGAGGCUACUGUCCAUGCGCCAUCGCUUGUCGGGGUGUACACCGAAAUCUACCGUGUCCUCAAGCCAGGCGGACGUUUUGGGGUGUACGAAUGGGUUAUGAUGGCCGACAAGUUUGACCCAGGUAACCCUCAACAUGUGUACCUACGUGCUGGUAUGGAACGUGGCAAUGGAAUUGCAUGCAUUCGUACGUCUGCCGAGGCUAGCGAUGCCAUUAAGGUUGCAGGUUUUACUCUUGAAGUAGCUGAAAAUCUGGCCGAGCACGAGGAUCCCCUCCCAUGGUGGUACUUCUGCGAUGGCGAGACAAAGUAUGCGCAGAGUGUAGCGGAUUGGUUCCGCGUAGUGAGGAUGACGAAGCCUGGCCGGGUAGGAUUGGACAUUGUCAUCAGGUUGCUCGAGCUCGCUGGAGUAGCCAGGAAAGGAACUGCAAAGAUGGCCAAAGAGAUGAUUCACGGUGGCGAUUGCAUCGCAGAGGCGGGAAAGCAACACAUGUUCACUCCAAUGUACUUCAUGUUGGGCUUGAAGCCAGCGAACAGGGCAGCAGAUGGAAAUUGAGGUAGUUUUGAGAUCAACAUGUCUAGCUGAUUGUAAAUGGAAAACUGCUCAGUCUUUAAUGUAAUUCUUUGGUAUUUUGAAAAGAGCCUGAAAGGGCUCCAUCUUCCG